CAGUUUCUAUAGCAACAGUUUUUCAAAACAAUUAUUUACAAUUUUUUUUUAUGAAGUUAAUAUUUUUUUUUUUUAAAUUGUAUUUAAUUAGAAUUUUUUUAAUUGUUUUUUAAUCAAUCGUAGCGAAUGUCAAAAGAGGCAUUACCUUUAUGGUUAGAAGAUUUGUCCGAGAGAAUUGAAAUCUCUCGUACUAAUUCUAAAAAUGAUUAUAGAAUUCAAGAAGUAUCAAAAUCAAAAAGUGCUCGAACCUGGUCAACUCAUGAAAGAAUACCAUUAGAUAUAUUUCCUACAUCACUUUUAUCACCCUUUUUACAUAUUAAUGAAAAUUCUUUACCUAAUUUUAAUACUAAAGAUGAUAAUUUAGAUGUACAAGUUCAACAAAGAGAAAAUUCUGCUCGAUUUGGUCGACGUGCUGUACAUAAUAUUAGUAAUUUAAACAAGAACACCCAAUUUAAUUGUAAUGCUAAGGAUAACAGUUCAUCUGAACCCAAAUUAAAUAUAAAUGCUGGAGAAGACUUUCUUGAACAGUCUUGGACGUCUUUAAAUUUUUUCAAUAGAAAACAAAGAGGAAGAUUAACUACAAAACAAAAAGACUGUAAUACAUUGACAUAUUUUACUCUAGAAGGUGAAAAUGAUACCAACUUUAUAAAAAAUGAUAUUAAACUGCAGUCACCUUUUAUAAUACCUGAACUUCCAAGUGGAACAGAAUUAAAAUUUGAUAUAACUAGCACUUGGGGUGAUCAACAUUAUGUGGGUCUCAAUGGGAUUGAAAUCUUUAAUGAUGAAGGUCUAUUAAUUAAUAUUUUAAAAAUAUGGGCUGAUCCAUCUGAUAUUAAUGUUCUUCCAGAAUACACAUCGGACCCUCGAGUGGUUCAGAAUUUAAUUGAUGGUAUUAACCUUACAAGAGAUGAUAUGCAUUUAUGGCUCACUCCUUUUACUCCAGGUGGUCAUCAUUAUGUUUAUUUUAAAUUUGAUAAAACUCAAACUGUUGCUAUGAUUAGAAUAUGGAACUACAAUAAAUCAAGAAUUCAUUCUUAUAGAGGUGUUAAGAAUAUGAAAAUAUAUUUGAAUUCUCAAUUGAUUUUCCUAGGAGAAAUUUCAAGAGCUUCUGGUGGUAUUGUGGGUUGUCCUGAUGCAUUUGGUGAUACAAUUUUGUAUACAUUGAAUGAUGAAAUUCUUGAAAACAUUGCUAUGCAUGAUACUUCUUUUCAUACAUUUCUAGAAACUAACAAUCCAGAUAAUACAUUGGCUAAUGAACCAUAUCAACGUCCUCUUACUGUAGAUACUGGUAUUAUUAGGCCUUUAACUUUUGCUCAACCAAUUAUUACAAAUGUUUCAUCUGGUUCUAUUUCACCAAAUAUUAAAUCUCAUUGUCAAACUACUGGAUCUAUAUUAUGUCAAAAAUCAUUAAAAAUAAUUAUUAUUUCAUCAUGGAGUUUAAAUAAUUCAAACAUAGAAAGUUACCCAAAUAUAGUUGGAUUACUUGGCCUAAAAGUUUUAGGAGAAGCUGGUGAUACUGUUAAAAUUGAUAGUAUAAAAUGUAAUUUGGACAACACUAAUGUAGAGAAGCUUUUGGAUACUACUAUUUCUAACAGUGAUGAUGAUAUGUGGACUUGUAAAUUGUCAGAUGAACAUUUAAUAUUAACUUUGAACUUUUUGACUCCAGUUCAUUUAUCUACAUUAGUUAUAUGGAAUUAUAAUGGACCUAUUGACUUUUUGAACUAUGGUGUAAAAUUUAUUAGAUUAAAAGUUGAUGAUAAAGAACUUACAGAAAGAGGUAUAGUAGAAGUUAGGCGUGGACCAGGUCAUUGUAAGUUCAACUUUGGACAAAAUAUCUCUUUACUUCCAAGUCACAAAUCUAACCACUAUAAAAAGACAAUUAUCAAAAGUUUUGAAGAACAUAAAAGAGUGAAUAUUUUUGACUAUGAAUAUGCAACUAUUCCUGUUGGGUUUGUUUAUCAAAUUGCAUUGUUGUCAACUUGGGGAGAUCAAUAUUACAUAGGAUUAAAUGGAAUUCAAUUAUUUGAUAAUAAUGGUGAAAUUAUUAAGUUGGAACUUCGAAAUGUUAAUUGUUGGCCACAUAGUGUAAAUAUAUUGAAAAAUAAUAAAAAUGAUAUUAGAACGCCUGAAAAAUUAAUAGACGGUGUUAAUGAAACUUUAGAUGGAUCACAUAUGUGGCUUGCUCCAAUUCUUCCUUCAGAGGUAACAAAAGUUUUUAUUAUAUUUGAUGAACCUACUUAUGUGUCAAUGUUUAAAAUUUGGAAUUAUGCUAAAACACCUUCUAGAGGAGUCAAAGACUUUGCAAUAUUAGUUGAUGAAUUAUUAAUUUACAAUGGUUGUAUGGAAUGUUUUGAUCCUAAUACAAAUUUAAAACAGUAUUCAACCAUUACAUUUAACAUUUCAAAAGAUCAGAAUGAAAUAUUUUUAGAAUCUUCAAACAGUACAAGUGAUCUGAAUGGUUUAAAUGUUGAAGGGAUGCUACUAAACAGCGUAGCUGAUCAAUCUCAGAGACCAUUUACUUCAAUGGUGCCACCAUCAAGAUUAAUUAAAUAAUUUUAUAAAUAAAUUUACUUAUACACAUAUUAGGUAACUAUUAGAGUAUUGAGUGGAUAAGUCUGUCAUAUUUCCUAUUUUUUUAUAUAUUAGUUAAAUUAUUUUAAAUAUAAAAUUUAAUAUUACUUUUUAAGAUUACUUUGAAGAAUAAUUUAAAACAAGGCUAUACUUUAGCCUCUCUUAAAUCUGUCAAUUAUAUUAAAGGCCGAGCUUCGGAAAAUGUUAUAUGUAAGGAAUAGGAACAAGGUUUUACCUUGUUUUACAAGGAUAGAAUGCUUUAGUAUGCUGAAAAUAAAAGCAUAAAAAUUACAGUUAUAUAUUAUAAAGAGUGUAGUUUUAUAGAAUAACAUUUUUUUUUCAAAGAUUUUAUUAAGUCAGAGAUAGCUUCAUGAUACGUAAUAUCUCUAUCUAAAUCAUUGAAAUAAGAAUUUCUA